CAGAAAUAGACCUAUUUGCCACUGAAGAAAAUACAGUAUGCACAACGUUCUGUUCGAGAGCAGGAAUAGGACAUGGUUCCAUGGGGGACGUAUUCCUCCACAAUUGGAACAACAGUUUUUUUUACAUCUUCCCACCAGUCCCACUCUUACACAGAGUGGUAGCAAAGAUUAUACAAGACAAGACGAAUUGCAUCUUAAUCGCACCGUAGUGGCCCAGACAACCAUGGUUCUCCCCCGUUUCGUCUUGCAAAGGGUUACACUUACCGCUUCCCUCUGGAUCCGGCACUGCUGUCGUGCAACCACGGACAGAUUCUCCACCCCGACAUUCAGAGACUGAAACUCACGGCAUGGAGAAUUUACCCAGGACACAAUUAAAUAUUAGUACAACUCCCACUGACAUACCAUCAGGAGUGCAGCAUAUACUGUCAGCAUCUAUAAAAAACUCCACCAAGAUUUCGUAUGCUGGGAAAUGGAAAUCUUUCUGCGACUUCGCAGCCACGCAUUCUUUUGAUCCAAACCUUUGUUCUACUGUAGACAUACUUACCUACUUACACCACCUAUACCAGAAAGGUCUACGAUAUGCAUCCAUCAGAGUAUACUUAGCAGCUAUAUCGUCCUAUCGAGGAGAGACUGAGCACAGACCAUUUUCUCUACUCCUAUAGUUAAAAAUUUUUUACGUGGCCUCAACAAUUUAGUGCCACCUGUGAAGCCCAUUACCCCUGAUUGGAGCUUGUCAGUAAUCUUGAAUGCACUCACUACAAAACCAUUUGAACCCCUAGCCACCAUAUCGAUGCACCUUCUAUCCUGGAAAGUCGCCUUUCUAAUCGCUAUAACAUCAGGGAGGAGAGUGAGCGAAUUGUUGGCAUUACGUAUCGACUCCCCAUUCACGAUCUUUCAUAAGGAUAAAGUGGUUAUGAGACCGGAUAUUACCUUUCUUCCAAAGGUAGUAUCAGACUUCCAUAUUAAUCAGCCUAUAAUCUUACCUGCUUUCUUUCCAUCCCCAUCCACGGAGUUGGAAAAAAGACUACAUUGUCUCGAUGUUCGAAGAGCAUUGGCUUUUUACAAAGACAGAACACAGGCAUUUCGUAAGACUCAAAGACUCUUUAUUUCUUAUACUGGCAAACAAAAAGGUCAGACACUUUCCACACAAAGACUUGCUGCGUGGAUAGUACAUACCAUUCAACUAGCCUACCGUCUACCCAAUUUACAAAUUCCUCGAGGAGUUCGUGCACACUCUACUUGAAGCGUGGCGACAUCGACGGCGUUUGCUAGAGGAACCUCACUUGAAGACGUAUGCAAAGCCGCAACUUGGACGAUGACGUCCAGACUAUUUUGCACCCUAGGCAAGCCGUGAGCCUGGAAGAAGCGAGAGAUGCUUGGAGUAGUACCUGGCAGCAGGCAUGCGGGGUUGCUAGGAGACAGGUGAAGGUGGACAGAGGUGCGAAAAGCAGGAUCCUUCAGGUACCCGAGGAAGCAGCAGCAGCAGCACCAGCAGCAGCACCAACACCGGCGUGGUGCUCUCUGGGCAGGAUGUGCACGCCGGAGCUAGCGAAAGGGAGCAGCGCCUGACGGCCCGGGAGCGCCGCAUGGGCUGAGCCGGGGAGAAGGCGGGCGGCCGGCCGGGGCAGCGGCUGAGACUCUCGUUCUGGGACGUGCCUGCAGAGGAGCGCCGCUGUAGUCGUUGAAAUCCAUGCAGAAUCUGGAAAGGUCAGGCUGGCAGACGGCUCUGGAGAAAGAUCCGAAUGUCGGAGCAGAACGGCACCAAGGAUGGGGAUGUGGACCACCAGCACAGCUUGUACAUGCUGGUCCUGCUGGUCCUUGUCUUCUUUGUCAUGGGCCUUGUGGGAUUCCUCAUUUGCCACAUCUUGAAAAAGAAGGGCUACCGCUGCCGGACAUUCCGCGAUGAACUUGACUCGGACAACAAGGAGUCACUGACCCAGCUGCAAGUUGAUGAAGAUGAGGAGCUGAAUGAGGAUACCGUAGAGAAGAUAGUGAAAUGCAUAAUUCAAAAUGAAGCAAAUGUGGAAGUCCUGAAGGAAAUGCUGGGGGAAGGUGAGGUUGAUCUUCCGCUACCAGUGCCUGUGCCUAGUGGCCUCUGUCCACAUCGCAACAGCCAGGAUGGUGGCUUGCCCCAUCACCACACAGUGCACUUGGGCUCAACACAGGCACCUUGCAUCCACUGCAGUAGGAAAAAGAGGCCCCCACUGCAUCGUCAGGGCCGAUCCAAGGAGUGCAAAGGCAAGAUGCACCCCGGGGAGACCACCGUCUUCUCUGUUGGCAGAUUCCAUGUCACCCACAUUGGGAAGAAAUCAGAUUCCCACGAAUCACAAGAAGAGUCUCUCCCUGAUAGUAAGCAGGACCUUGGCUCUGCAGAUGUAGACCACAGCAAUGAAAAACUCCAACUGGAGGGAUCUCGGAAUGGAAUCGUUCACAUUGAUGGUCUUCAGCAAGGAAAAGUUCAGGAGACAGAUUCUCUGAGCAAAAGAGGACCAAAGGAAGAUUGUGCAGAUGAGUCAACUCAAGGAGAAAGUUCCUUGACUGUGGCAGCCAAUUCAGAUGUAUCCCUAAAUGGGCCAGAGAAGAAGGAAUUCCUUAAGGCAAGCUCAUUGCAAGAGACAGGCCUCCUGGUGCCUGCCACAAGCUAUACAUUUCAGACUAACUGCUCUGCAGGACCCAAAAGCCUUUGGUCAGAAGACCUGGAGGAAAUGGAGAGGCUGAAUAAGAAAGGGGAUCUCUCUGAGAAUGGGUGUAUUCAAAGGGCAGCUGAUGAGGUAUCAGAAAAUAAAGGAAGUCAAGUUCUUCAAAUAGGAUCCAGACUAGAUCUAUCUGGAAAUGAUAUCAGUAGAACAAGCAACAUAGAUCUCCAGGAACCGAGCUCAGUGGUGCAGGACCCAGGAGUAUCUGUGUGACAUCCCAGCUGCUCCAGGUUCAAGGCUGCCAAGUAGAGUGAGGCACAUGGAUCUGACCUCAGGCUGGCAAGAACAAAAAAGCCAGAUCAAGCCUGGCCUGGCCCAGAAGAGCUACACUGCGCUUGGCAUGGCCAGAAUGACACAAGACGUGCUGCUUCAGCCAGUCAAUUGACUGCACUUGGCAAGAGCCUCAUCCCCAUCCCCAUAGUUAUCCACGCAGCAGCAGAGCAGCUCCCUAUAGGAACAGGACCACGUUGUGGAGCUGUCUGCAUUAUUGGAAAUCGCAGCCUCCCCCACCCCCCACAUUCUGUUGAAAGCUUUGCUAAGGCCCCUAUUUUGCAGCCAUGUGUAGGAAUCCCAUCCUUCACCAUGCUGGGGCUCAGUAUGUGGCGCUUCCAAGAAUCCCAGACAUUGGUCUCAUAGACAGCUGUCAGCCAUUGACAAAGGAAAGCAACUCACUGAAGCCAUUGCAGCUGCUAGCAUUUUCAUCUCCGCCCCCCACUCCCCUUUGCCCAGAACCCUGGGCGGCCCAGCCCUGAAGGGCUUCAGGGUCAUUCACUACUUGGCUAAUGCCUUGCUGUGGGGGAAAGCAGCUGCUGCCAUUUCAGUAACAGCUCUGUUCUCCUGCAUGCUAGUCAGGACUAAGUGUACUAUUAGUGUUAACAAUGCAGCUACUGCUUAGAGCAAAAGAGACCAGAACUCAGCCAAUGUAUUUGGAGUGAGGUCUGAACUAGGGAAAAGGUUCUAGGUGCUGCCCUCCUUGCUUGUAGUUGUGACUCAAGUGUUGGGGGCACAGGUGUUUGGUUGCUCUAAGUUAUUUGAGUGCCCAUUCCCACCCUGGCCAGGAAACACAGUGGCCCUGAGGGUUGUGUUGGGCUGGUAGCUGGUUCCUAGGCUCCACUCAACCAGGAUGAGCUAGGUAGUCUCCACCAUUUGCCCAGGGCAAUGGGCCAAGGUCACAUCACAACUCAGGAGCUGCAGUUCCAUUUUCGCUUAUUGUGUACAUUCUGCCUCACUUAAUACAGGGGAAGGCACUUCCCUCUGGACUGCAAUAAUUACAGUGCAAGGAUCCUGCUCUGGUUUCCACUAACCAUAUAACCCCCUAAAGAACAGCCAUGCAGCAUCGUGCUCUGAGCAACUUUGCUCAGCCUGUUGUGGGUGGAUACUUGCAUGGAGUAGGGGGUAGCUUUGCGCAGCACAGAACUUGGAGAGACUCUUGAUAACUCUGGAUAGGCUUUCCUCCCCAGGCACCUGACUUUGGAGAUCAGCCACAAGCUCUCAUCUGGAUCCUCACCAUCAUGAUCAUCUGUAUAUCCUAGUUAAUAAGCUAUGUCACAAAGCCACCUCUUCCUUCUCCCUCCAUCUUUUCAUGUUGAAAUAUAGUGUAAACAAGCAAAAACUAACCUGAUUAAAGUUGCUUAAGAUGUGCAUAA